CUCGCGCCGAUUCCUCGCAGCAGCUGCACCCGGGUCUCGCGGCCGCAACCCGCGUGGACGCUCCAAACGCCCCGGACCGACGCCACCGGCCCACUGGCAGGCCGACGAGCGGGCGGCCGCGCCCGGCCGGCAGCGCUGGGGUUAAGCGGCCCAAGUAAACGUAGCUCGGCGAUCGGCGCCGGAGAUUCGCGAGCGGAGCGCCCUGCACGGCCGCCCGCCGGCCUCCCGCCAGCCUGCCCGGACCCGCGGCUUGACCGCGGAGCCGCUCCCGAGCCAGGCUCUCGGCAGGGAACAAUGAAGGGCGACACCAGACAACUCAACAGAGAGGAGGAUGCCAGCGGGAGGGAAGACUCCAUCAUCACCAAUGGCGGCUGCAGUGACCGGUCUUCUGACUCCAAGGAUGCGCCCUCGCCCCCGAUCCUGGAGGCUAUCAGCACCCCCGAGAUCAGAGGCCGCAGAUCAAGCUCACGACUGUCCAAGAGGGAGGUCUCCAGCCUGCUAAGUUAUACUCAGGAUCUGACGGGCGAUGGAGAUGGUGAAGGGGAAGAUGGAGAUCGCGCUGACACUCCAGUGAUGCCAAAACUCUUCCGUGAAACCAGGACUCGGUCUGAAAGCCCAGCUGUCCGAACCCGAAAUAACAACAGUGCCUCCAGCCGGGAGAGGCACAGACCCUUCCUACGUUCCAUCCGAGGCCGGCAGGUCCGCAAUCACGUGGAUGAGUCCCCUGUGGAGUUCUCAGUUACCAGGUCCCUGAGGCGGCGGGCGACAUCGUCGGCAGGCACAACACCGUGGCCAUCUCCUGGCAGCCCCUACCUCACCAUCGACCUCACAGAUGACGUGGUUCCCCAGAGCAGCAGUACCCCUUACAACCACUUGGCUGAGGACAGCCAUCAGGAGAGCUUGGAUUCCCCACAGGUGGACACAGAGGGCAGAGAUGCAGAUGGCACCGAGUAUCAGGAUGGGAAGGAGUUUGGAAUAGGGGACCUCGUGUGGGGAAAGAUCAAGGGCUUCUCCUGGUGGCCUGCCAUGGUGGUGUCUUGGAAGGCUACCUCCAAGCGCCAGGCCAUGUCCGGCAUGCGGUGGGUCCAGUGGUUUGGUGACGGCAAGUUCUCCGAGGUCUCUGCCGAUAAGCUGGUGGCCCUGGGACUAUUUAGCCAGCACUUUAACCUGGCGACUUUCAAUAAGCUGGUCUCUUACAGGAAGGCCAUGUACCACGCUCUGGAGAGAGCCAGGGUGCGGGCUGGCAAGACCUUCCCCAGCAGCCCCGGAGACUCAUUGGAGGACCAGCUGAAGCCCAUGUUGGAGUGGGCCCAUGGGGGCUUCAAGCCUACUGGGAUUGAGGGCCUCAAACCCAACAACAAGCAACCAGUGGUUAAUAAGUCGAAGUUGCGUCGUGCAGGCAGUAGGAACUUAGAAUCAAGGAAAUACGAGAGUAAGACUCGAAGACGCACAGCUGAUGACUCGACCACCUCCGCUGACUACUGCCCCCCACCCAAGCGCCUCAAGACAAAUUGCUAUAACAACGGCAAAGACCGAGGAGAGGAGGACCAGAGUCGAGAGCAAAUGGCUUUGGAUGUUACCAACAACAAGAGUACUCUGGAAGACAGCUGUUUGUCCUGUGGUAGGAAAAACACUGUGUCCUUCCACCCUCUCUUUGAGGGUGGGCUCUGCCAGACGUGCCGGGACCGGUUCCUCGAGCUGUUCUACAUGUAUGACGAUGACGGCUAUCAGUCCUACUGCACCGUGUGCUGUGAGGGCCGUGAGCUGCUGCUGUGCAGCAACACAAGCUGCUGCCGGUGCUUCUGUGUGGAGUGUCUGGAGGUGCUGGUGGGCACGGGCACAGCAGCAGAUGCCAAGCUGCAGGAGCCCUGGAGCUGCUACAUGUGUCUCCCGCAGCGCUGUCACGGCGUCCUGCGGCGCCGGAAGGACUGGAAUGUCCGCCUGCAGGCUUUCUUCACCAGCGACACGGGGCUUGAAUACGAAGCCCCCAAGUUAUACCCUGCGAUUCCUGCAGCCCGAAGGCGACCUAUUCGAGUCUUGUCCCUGUUUGAUGGAAUUGCCACAGGGUACUUGGUUCUCAAAGAAUUGGGCAUUAAGGUGGAGAAGUAUGUCGCCUCCGAAGUAUGCGAAGAGUCCAUCGCAGUUGGAACUGUUAAGCACGAGGGCAAUAUCAAAUAUGUGAAUGAUGUGAGGAACAUAACCAAGAAAAAUAUUGAAGAAUGGGGCCCCUUUGACUUAGUGAUUGGUGGAAGCCCGUGCAAUGAUCUCUCAAAUGUGAACCCUGCUAGGAAAGGCCUGUAUGAGGGCACAGGCCGGCUCUUCUUCGAGUUUUACCACCUGCUGAAUUACUCACGCCCCAAAGAAGGUGACGACCGGCCCUUCUUCUGGAUGUUUGAGAAUGUGGUAGCCAUGAAGGUUGGUGACAAGAGGGACAUCUCUCGGUUCCUGGAGUGCAAUCCAGUGAUGAUUGAUGCCAUCAAAGUGUCUGCUGCUCAUAGGGCCCGAUACUUCUGGGGCAACCUGCCCGGGAUGAACAGGCCCGUGAUAGCAUCAAAGAAUGAUAAACUCGAGCUGCAGGACUGCUUGGAGUUCAAUAGGACAGCAAAGUUAAAGAAAGUACAGACAAUAACCACCAAGUCGAACUCGAUCAGACAGGGGAAAAACCAACUUUUCCCUGUUGUCAUGAAUGGCAAAGAAGAUGUUUUGUGGUGCACUGAGCUAGAAAGGAUCUUUGGCUUUCCUGUACACUACACAGAUGUGUCCAACAUGGGCCGCGGUGCCCGCCAGAAGCUGCUCGGGAGGUCCUGGAGCGUGCCUGUCAUCCGACAUCUCUUCGCUCCUCUGAAGGACUACUUUGCCUGUGAAUAGUCCCCCAGGCACGCUGGGGCACUGGGGUGUGUGGGGUGGAGCCGGGACCCAGGAGGUGCAUCCCAGGUUCUGUCCUCCCCUCAGCUCAGCUGUGUGGGGUCACACCACGUACCUCAGCGGGAGCAGAGCAGCCUGACCCGCUCCUGACAGGGGGAGCCCGAGGUGCCGCCUCCUUGUGCACAAUUCAACCUGGCCAUUCGGAGUGGCCAAACACGGUGCUCAUUUUGUCUUCUCUUAACACUUUAAAACUUGAAGUAGAUAGUAAAUGGCUUUUUUUUUUUCCCUCCUGGGUUUACAGCUCAGAAACAAUGGCUAAGAUACCAAAACCACAGUGCCGACAGCUCUCCAGUACUCAGGUUAAUGCUGAAAAAUCACCCAAGACAGUUAUUGCAAGACUUUAAUUUUUUUAAACAUCUGCGGCUCCUUGUUUCCAGGAGUGCGCAGUGGUAGACAGGUAGCUAAGGGAUAUUUUAAGGGCCCAAGGAUGCUUUUUUUCUUAGGGCUAGCAGAAGAGGAAAUGAUGUCUAUGUCUUGAAUUUUACCCAGCACAGUCUCCUAGUCUCAAUAUAAAGGGCUGGGAUCCGCCGAUGGACUGUUGAGUAUUUCCUACACCGAUGAUGAUUUCAGCAGGGAUGACAUCAUCAUCACAUUCAGGGCUAUCUUUUCCCACAAACCUAAGGGCAGGGCUACCCUUAAGCUAAGUCCCUCCCAGUGACUUGCAAUAGAACCCUCCGGGGAAGCUCAGGAAGGGGUGGGCUUGGUUAUCAGCUGCCAUAUAUUAUGAAGGCAGGUAUGGCUUCUCACGAACGCCCUCUUCCCCAUGUGAGAGGAGUGAGGGGGAGGCUUAGGUAAGACCACCCCCACCCCCAAAUGCACCCUCUAGACUUCCGCAGGCACAGAUCCCCAGAUAAGAAGUAGGACACCCUAAUUCUUCAGCCUUUUCUCUAAACUCGGAAGCAGUGACAGCCAGGGGCAGAAGCACAUUCCUCACACUUGCCCCUCAUCUAAGAGAUUGUAGGGGGAAAACUACAAUAAAAACUCGACCCUCCAGAGAUUUCAAAGUCCUUUUUUUCCCCACAAUAAAUCACUUUGAUAAGUCGUUUUUAGGGAUAACGGAGGUUAGACAACCUGCAUUUCAGAAAUGCUGUCGUAUUGGUUUUUAACACCUUUUACUCUUACUGGUGCUAUUUUGUAGGAUAAGAAACAACAUUGACAGGUUUUAUGGGAAUUUUUUUAUACACUUUUAAAAAUCUCAGACUUCUAUUUUUAUGUUUUACCAUUUUCAUAAAAAAAUUUCUUGUGACCAGAGCCACGUAACAAGUAUGGGGAGGGGGGGAAAUCGUGCCUUGUUUCAACAGUUUUGCUAAUUUUUAGGCUGAAAGAUGACGGAUGCCUAGAGUUUACCUUAUGUUGAAUUAAAAUCAG